AUGUUCCGUGAUGAUCGAACACAAUCCAAAGUUGUCCGUUACUCGGGUUCCGUAGAAAAACAAACUAUCCAGUUUGAUGCUGAGGGUGGACCCCUGUAUUCAGAAAAUAACAGAAUCAAGUACAUCACUGAGAACAGAAACCAGGAUGUCUGUGUGGCUGACAGUAAAGGUCAUGCUGUAGUUGUAGUAAACAAAAACGGAAAACUCAGAUUUAGAUACACUGGACAAAGUCCUACUCCUCAAAACAAACCGUUUGAACCUCUUGGGAUAGCAACAGACAGUCAGAGUCAGAUCCUGACAGCAGACUUUCUUAAUAACUGUAUUCACAUUCUUGACGAAAAUGGACAAUUCCUUCUUUAUAUAGAUAACUCUGAUGAAAGUGGUUACACAAUGAAGAAACCAGAAACAUCCAUCAAAGAACUGUUGGAGGAACCUGAACUUAUAACUGCUAUAGAUGCAGGGUAUGAUAAGCUUUGCAGUGUUAUCUGUUUCGGUGUGAAGAAUGGACAGACAGAGGAGGUGAUCAGACUACAGGGCUGGACACCUUCACAGCUAUGUGUCACCUCCACUGGUGAUCUCCUGGUUAUCAUAUUCAUCGAUCAGUGA